AUGUCCAUGUGUGUGAUCGGAUCAGCGCUGACAUAUUUCAUCUGGUCCUCAGGAAUCAGCCUGAAGCGACGUGUGAGGGGGACACAGGUGUGCGGCUUUAAGAGUGCUUUAUUUCACCUCCAGUCUGGAGGAGGGGAGGAGGAUUAUCCCUCUGAGCGCCAUGGGACCUUCUCAUGUGGACUGAGGGAGAUGGAGCGCAGCCGCAUGGGCCUGACAGCACCAACACAGCUGGGAUGUGCUCAGGCCGAGAGGACGUCCUGCUCCCGGAGGGGCCGUGUUCCCACCAUAGACACCGAGGUUCAGAGGCAUCAAGAGCUGAACAUACGUGUCAUGCAGAAUGUAGUUUUCACUUCUCAUUUACUUCAUCAGCUUCUGCUCCACGUUACAUUAUCACACAGGGCUGAGGAGAAAGCCUUUGUCUACAUCGUUCUGUGUGAGUAG